AUGUCUUCAAUCAAUUUGUCGUCUUCGUCUCCUUCCACCAUCUCUCUUUCUCGCUCUAGAUUAAGCCAAAGCUCUACUACAUUGCUACACCGUGUUAGUUUGCCAUCUAACCAUCCAUCAUCAUUUGCCAUUAAAACCACUGGAAAAGUUAAAGCUGCAGUGAUCUCUAGAGAAGAUGAUAUACUCUCUUACACCAAUGGAAACACUCCUCUCUCAAAUGGGUCUCUCAUCGAUGACCGUACCGAAGAACCAUUAGAGACUGAUUCGGUUUCGCUUGGAACACUUGCUGCAGAUUCAGCUCCUGUAGCAGCCAAUGGUUUUGUUGCUGAAGAUGAUGACUAUGAGUUGGAUUUACCAACGCCAGAUAGAGAGAAUGAAGGGGAUUUGGUAAUGGCUGCUCAGUUAGCUACACCUGAGGCUAUGGCUUUUAUUGUGAAACAUGGAACUGGGAUAGUUUGUGUGAGCAUGAAAGAAGAUGAUCUCGAGAGAUUGCACCUUCCUCUAAUGGUGAAUCAGAAGGAGAACGAGGAAAAGCUCUGCACUGCAUUCACAGUGACUGUGGAUGCAAAACAUGGUACAACAACAGGAGUAUCAGCUCGUGACAGGGCAGCAACGAUACUGUCCCUAGCAUCGAGAGAUUCAAAGCCCGAGGAUUUCAACCGCCCGGGGCAUAUCUUUCCGCUGAAGUACCGAGAAGGCGGGGUUUUGAAAAGGGCUGGACACACUGAAGCAUCUGUUGAUCUUACUGUUUUAGCUGGACUAGAUCCUGUUGGAGUAUUGUGUGAAAUUGUUGAUGAUGAUGGUUCCAUGGCUAGAUUACCAAAGCUUCGUGAAUUUGCAGCUGAGAAUAACCUGAAGAUUGUUUCCAUUGCAGAUUUGAUCAGAUAUCGAAGGAAGAGAGAUAAGCUAGUGGAACGUUCUUCUGCAGCUCGGAUCCCGACAAUGUGGGGACCUUUCACAGCUUAUUGCUACAAGUCCAUACUAGACGGAAUAGAGCACAUUGCAAUGGUUAAGGGUGAGAUUGGUGACGGUCAAGACAUUCUCGUGAGGGUUCAUUCAGAAUGUCUCACGGGUGACAUAUUUGGGUCAGCAAGGUGCGACUGUGGGAACCAGCUAGCUCUUGCGAUGCAGCAGAUCGAGUCUAUUGGCCGUGGUGUGUUGGUUUACCUUCGUGGACAUGAAGGAAGAGGGAUUGGUUUAGGACACAAGCUUCGGGCUUACAAUCUACAAGAUACUGGUCGAGACACGGUUGAAGCUAAUGAGGAAUUAGGACUUCCUGUUGAUUCUAGAGAGUAUGGAAUUGGUGCACAGAUACUAAGGGAUUUGGGGGUGAGGACGAUGAAACUGAUGACGAAUAAUCCCGCAAAGUACGUUGGUCUGAAGGGAUAUGGAUUAGCCAUUGUGGGAAGAGUCCCUAUCUUGAGUCUUAUCACAAAGGAGAAUAAGAGGUAUUUGGAGACAAAACGGACCAAGAUGGGUCACAUGUAUGGCUUGAAGUUCAAAGGUGAUGUUGUGGAGAAGAUUGAUGAUGCUACAACCACCGAGUCCUGA